AUGGCCCUUGCCUCUCUCAAGCGACAGUUGUCGCGAGUUCUUGCCCGCGAUACACCAACAGAUGGAACCGACAGCUGUGAUGCGCCAGAACUGCCAAGCGAUGCACAAGUAGACGAACAGUGUCAACGACCUAGCCCUAAGACAUCGAUAUACAAGCAUUCUCCAGCUCCCUCCGGAACUAUACUGCACAACUUGAACCACGCGCCAACAGAGGUGUCGUCCGAGUAUCCUUCAGACGCCAUGGUACAUGUCAUGACAGUAGGUGACAGUAUCAUCACUAUCGAGACACAACAGCGAGAUGCCGAACAAGGCGAGCAACCAGCAGUAAAGCGAAGGAAGAAGAGACUCGGCCUUCGUAGGGUCAAGACGGAACCCGCCUCGCAGAGUACUUCGCUUCAUGGCUCUAUCACCACCAUAGAGUCCGUCCCAAAUGGCAGUCGUUCUCGAGCUUGGUCAUACCCACUGGUCGACUGGAAGAAUCUCAGCUUAGUCCGUCGAAUGCGCCGAAGUGUUGACCUCAUGGAAGCUCGCAAAGAGGCUCGUAAGGGCAAAGCUUCUUGUGAGUUGCUUCCUGAUGCUCAGCCUCCGACUGGCGAUGAUGAACGCACACCUACACAUCUACCUCCACUUAUGUCGGGUGCUAUUCAAGGAUCACCAUCGCACAUCAACCGUCUAUCAAACGGGCUUGACGUCUCGUCACGGAUAUCGGCCGACCUGGGCAUUGGAACCACCACUUCAGUACAAGACAAGGGGCCUCCAAAGAACUGUUUCGCCAACUCCAACAGGUCCGGCGAAGAUAGAGUGAAGCGCAAAGACUCACAUUUCCACGAGGUCAUGCAGGGAACCGAAAAAGCUGCAGCGGACAUGGAGGCGAACACCAGAGAAUUUGAAACUGACGAGCGACCACAAAAGAACUUGGUCUUCCUGCUACAUCCCAUAGAUUGGAUCCGACAAUACCACGCCUCUGUCUUCUCACUUUCUUCAUCAGACUCUUCGUCCGACUCUGACUCAGACCCACCGUCUCCGACAACUCGUUCAGCUCGUCCAGCUCGUCGAGCACAGGAACCAUACCCAGUUCAAAUACAAGCUACUCGCCGCAGAGGGUCUGAAGCUCUCACCCGUGACGAGCUAUACAUGAGACCUCGGAUUCAUCUACCUCCUGGUAUGGAUAUACCUGCUGUAGGCCAAGCAGGUCCUGUCGACUGGCUACACCGCGGAUGGGAAGAACACUAUCGUCAGUCAGCUGAGUCUUCGCGUCGAACCUGCCACCCUCUGGCCGCUGCACGCUUUCUCCCUACCAGAGGUGAGGAAAUGCAACGGUACGUUCCCGUGUCUCAAUGUCAUAGCGGGCGAGACUGCACAGCAACUCAAACAAUGCACUCGAGACCAAAUACGACAGGAGUACAUACCCAGAUUUUCGACUUUGCGGUCAACGGCAAGGGAAAGGGGAUAAUGUAUGUGCAAGAUGUUGUGGCCCCGGAUGGAAGAGCGAGACGCGAGAGUAUGAACGUUAAUCUUGCAGAGUACAAGAGACAAAAGCGUAUAGAGGAUGGGGCAUGCGUGACCACUCUCACACUCGGCGAGUGCAACUUUGCGAAAGAGUUGGGACAGAUCGCUUCGCAGGACAGUAUAUCGAAUUGA